AUGCAGACAAGGCGAGAUGAAGAAGCUUCGAACCGUAAGGCUCUUCACCAACAGCCAGUGCUGAUGGCUACAUCGACACCUGCAGUUACAGAUCACAGCUCUAGCAACGGAUUGGCGAGUAUUAAACGACCGACUUCGACGCCUCGAAGCUCGUCGCCCUCGGUGGAUUCGACAAAUGCAGAGUUUGAGGGGAAUCUGCGCGAGUCUGUACGUCUCCAUCGCGAGGUGAACAAGCGCACGUUGAGUGUGACACGGAAGAGGCAAUUGCCACGACUGCCAACUCCCGCGCGUGGCAAGUCGCACUGGGACUUUUUGCUGGAGGAAAUGAAGUGGAUGGCGACAGAUUUUGCCCAGGAACGCAAUUGGAAGCGUGUGAUUCAACACCGUCUAGCGGCGGAUGUGAUUGUGGCGCAGAAGGCGGAAAGUGUGCGUCAAGAGCACGAGAAUCGUCAGAUGGCGCGUGGCAUUGCGUUGCAGAUUUCGGCCUUUUGGCGGACGAUGGAGAGGAUCGCUGCGAGAUCACGAGUUCGCUUUGAAGCUGCAGGUACGGAUCAAGGCGAGAUUGACGACCCGAUGUCGGGAGAUGCUGAGGAUGACGGCAAGCGAAGCAAGAGCGAGGAUCUGGAUGUGGCUAGCACAUCCGACGGUGUUUUGGCGUUGAAAUACCACACUAUCGAAGUCGCUCGGAGCAAUGGAGCUAAUGUUAAGAAGGGAGAAGCAAAGGCUGACGCAGUGUUGGCGUCAGCUAAGACACAUAUGACGUACAUCGUGAGUGCUGGCAAACGUGCUCGCAGUGCGAUGACCUCUUCGACUGCAGAAGAUGCAGAUAAGUCGUCGACAUGGUCGCUACGUGAAGCAGCGUUCCGGGAUCUACAAGCUCGGUGUACUGCUCUACAGACUACGGGAGGUCCUACCAUUAUUCUGGCUGCUUUCCAGCUACUGGCGUUGCGGUGGAUGCUGGAUUUGUAUUCUAGCGGUCUCAACAUUUUCCUGAAUGACCAACUUGGUAUGGGCAAGGCAACAACUAUCGUCGCUUUCCUCAGUCUCAUCGAGAUCGUGUCUUCUCAGAAGCAACACGGCGACGAGACGACUGUAACUACAGAAGACCAGGUGACAGGUCCGCAUCUGAUAAUUGUGUCGGAGGAGGAGCUGCAUAAAUGGCGGUAUUUUCUUCGGAUAUGGCACCCAGGUCGGCGUAUUCAGCUUUAUGAUGGUGUUGGUAGUACCUCGUCUUGUAGAGAACAACUGCAGCGGGAGUGGAAGAGGAAGUCUCGAGCUCAAGCACACAAGACCGAGGACGCGUUUCUUACGUACGACGACGACGACGAGCUGGACUUGGACGAACUAUACGACCCUAUUUACUGUGUGCUGUGCCCCGUGAGUGCAUUUGCUCAAGACCGAGAUGCGUUUGUGGCAUUCACGAACUGGCAGAUGGUCGUAGUAGAAAACGAGCAUGGAGCGCAGUUUGAAGAUGCGGCCUGUGUCUCAGCGCUGCAGCAACUGCGACAACGACAGCGACGAGUCUUGUGCAAUGGACAGUCGCUUGAGAAUUGGAAAAACACUGCACUACGACUGCAGUACGCUGAGUUUCUAGUGCGAGAAGCGUCGGAUGACCAUGUGACUGAACGACGCCAUCGAGUGGAGAAGUGGCCAGUGCAGGAGUUGAACGUGGAGAGAGCGUCUGUGGCGGAGGUGAUGCAGCUGUAUGGCAAGUCAUCCAGUGUCCGAGCGUCGCUGUGGAAGGCUGCAUCGCAGGAGGACACUCCGCAGUACAUGAAUGCCUUGCUUGUGGCGUUAUCUUGUCUCAGUUUGCGACGUGUACGGAGCGAAGUCGAGUCGGAACUUGGCAAGAUCGACGAGAUCAGCUUGAGUUGUCAACCCAGUCUGUCACAAAGGACGCAGUACCGCAACGUGUUGACUGGGUUCGCUGCUACUCUGGAUACUUGUAGUGGCCGUGAAGAGCGUUUAAGUGUAUGGCUGCAGCUUCUGCUUCGUCUUCGAGAGAUCUGCAAUUGUGUCGAUCUUGUGAAUGAUAUGGACAAGUUGGGACACGCGGAUAUGCGCUUGCUUACGAGUUGUUCUGCGAAACUGCAAGUGCUGGAGCCACUGCUACGUCGACUGUUGCUUCAGGAAGGCAAGAAGGUGGUGAUUUACUGCCAGUUCAACGCCAUGUUCCCUGUACUGGAGUUUUUCCUGUCUCUGCUAGAUAUCAACUACGUACGUGUGACUGGAUCUGUUGCCAUGCAGCGUCGUGCGCUGUGUCACUUCGCUGAUCGCGCAGUGGUGCGUGUAGCACUAGCGUCUACUCGAUUGUCCAUGUCCAAUGGGAGACGAGCAGUGUCAGUAUUUGGAAGUGAAGCCAUUAUCGUCGUGGACGGAGACUGGAACGCUACUUGUGACGCUAAACUCCGUGCAAGUUGGGCCAAAAUGGCUGUGGGUGGCGCUGAUACGCUGCCAGUCUACCGAUUACACUGCGAGAAUACCAUUGAAGCGUCGUUGUUACGUGUGGGAGCGUCGCUCACGGAGAAGGUAUUCGGCGAGAUGAGUCCCCAGGAACUUCUGGCUGUGCCAUCGGACAUGACGCCAAGCUUGACGAUCGAAAAGCCGAGCUGGUGGUCUUCAACUGCCACUAGUAGCGGUGGGAACGGUUUGACGGAUACGGGAGCUAUGGCGAGACUUACGCAGGUAGCUCAGCAGGUGGAGAGUGAUGAGAAGUAUUGUGGAGAUGCCAACGAGUUGGGAGCGCCGCUCAUUGUGCAUAAUGUGGAUCUGGAUGCUGAAGAACAUCUCUUAUUGGCUAAUACGGACGAGCUGACGCCUGUGGAAUGGUAUGCUGUUAACUACGUACACAACGUUACUGACAAGAAGCAGGAAGGAGAAGGCAAGACUGUUGAAAGCGCCGAGAGUAAUGAAGAGGAGAGUGCAGCGUUUUGGAACGAUAGCAACGUCUUCCUCCAGUCAGACGAGCGUUCAUUCGAGAAGCUGGCAACGUUGGAAGCCAAUCGUCAGUGGCAAGAAGGAGACGCCACUUCGCAGCUCUUUUUCACGCUGGAUACUCGCUACAAUGGCGUUGUGGACAUUGCGCUUGAAAAGGUGUUUAUGCAGAUGCGUAUGGAGGGGAUGGAGACUCAUUUCGACGUCUACAAACCUCCCAGAACCCUCCAAUCAAACCAGAUGACGUUCCGAGUGUCGUAUCGUGUUAAACGCAAGCUGGAGUCGCAGUUGGGAGGGAUCAAGUCGGCGUCUCAGAAAGAAAUGCGUGUGGAUUUAGAAGGCAUACCGGUCCCAGAUGUAUCGGAGUUUGCUGACGACGAUUUUUGGGGCGAUACGAACUUGGAUGCGCUCGAUUCGGCCGAAUGGGACGAUCCUGCGCUUCUAAGCGGCAUUCUUGGUGCUGGUGUAGGUACUGGCACUGGAGCGUCAUCGACUGCUUCGUCAGGUACGGCGUCCAGCGGCACGACGACCGCUGCGAGUGCUACUGGAGCGGAUGCCUCGAAGACAGGCUCGCAGAAGAGCUCCAAGAAGUCCAAGACGAGCACCGGACGAGCUCGGAAGAGCAGCAUGUCGUCGGACUCUGGACGUGACGCUUGGAGUGUGCAUGACGACAUCAUUCUCAAGAAACUCUUCGAGCUAUACGGCGCCAACUGGACGCUCAUCGCUCAGGUGUUUAACUCGUCCACUGCAGUCUCUCGCUUCGUGUGUAAGAAGCGGUCACCACGACAAUGUUACGAUCGCUAUGGCAAGAUUAUCUCCGGUAGUCUUGCUAACACGGGUGCUUCUGUUCUGAAAGACAAUAAGUUGAGCACGUUGAAAGCGCAACGUGCCGCUGCCGCUGCGAAUGUGGCGGCUGCGCAACUCACGUCUGUUGUACUGGAUACUCGGAUCGGCUUGCCUCACAGUGAGCUGCUACUCACGUUCCCGCAAUGUCACUCGUUUCCUGGAUUACCACCUGCUUCCAUCGUGAGUGAACUCAGCUUAGUGGAGAUGACACUGGCGCAGAGAAAGAAGCUCGCUAUCGAUAAAAAACCCACCGGAAUGGACGAACUUAAGUCGAUCAAGACGUCGUUCGACGCUAUCAUCCAGUGUAUGAAGCACAAGACGUCGCCCCCGCCGAUCCCGAUCCCCGUCGGAGCGACGGAAUCGAGCUCGGAUCUUGGGACGAAGGCGUCGCUUACAGCAGCGUCAGAGACUCCUACUACGUCAGCUCCAGUUGUUGCGACCCCUACGAAGUCAACUACCAAGAAAGCUACGGUUUCCCCGUCCGUAACAGCGAAGGCGAUGUCUGUGGCGGUGCCGCCGCCGCAUAAGUCGCACACGGAUAUGAUUUCUCUUCUUCCGACGACUGUGUUGGGUCCAGACGAAGUGAUUAAACGCAGUAAAGAGGCUGCUGUGGUGGCUGUACAAGCGGCAGCUGCUGUAGCUUCGGUUGGACGGGACGGGUCGCCACUUUCAGCUAGUGGUGAUGCCAUGCUGGGUGCUGGCUCGAACUUUGGUGCAGCCGUGAGUGGCUCGAUGCCGCGACGCUCUCAUGCGGCGAGUCUCACGAGUGAAAUGACAGCGGUUGGCGUCCUGUCUACGUCUUCUAUUGCGCCUACUGUUCCUGCGACUGGAGCUGCUACCACAGCGUCAAACACUGGAACCUGGGGAGGAAACAUGGUGCAGACCAAUGGAUUGAACGCCAGUGCGUCCAUGGAGUUGAACGCUGCCUCUGUACUCCCAGGAACAGAAGCACCGCGAGCGCCUAUGCCGGUGACUACGUCGACGCUACUGCAUGUACUGGACCGUAUGCCCGAGAUCAAGAACAAGAUCCAAUCGAUAUUGAACCGCACCGACUGCUCCGAGUCGCAGAAAGUGGCGAUGAUCGCGCGGUUAUUGAGCAACACGAACGCUAUCAACAACACGAACGCGUUGGCGUCGCCUGCAUCGACUCCGAACAGCAACACGGUCUUGUCGGCGUUGACUGCCGACGCGGGCAUGCUCAACUCGUCCGACAUGUUGAUUGACACGGACUCGCCUCUUCCAAUGCCGGCGUCGCUGGAUGCGUCGUCAUCGUCGAAUGUGACUCCUUCGUCAGGACAAUUCCAGUCCCCGCCAACGUCGCAACCGUGA